GGUGCUACUGUUACCAGAUGCUUCUCUGGCUCUGAAAACACCGUCCCUUCAUUUGGAAAAGAUGAAUUACCCAACCGCAUGGCGAGUGCUGCCUCAAAGCAGGGGUUCUCUAUCUACAUAGAUGAAGCAGAACAGAAAGAAAACUACAACUGCCCAGUGGCUGAAGAGCUGGAGCCAAGCCUGUGUGAACUGGAUACUAGUGCAAUGACAUCCAGUAUUCACCUGCUGCUGGAUCUGAGUACAGGAUCUCCUAUGGUAGUGGACACAUCCUUCCAGUCCCAGCCUGAGGAUCACAUGGAAGAUGUCAUAACUCUGACUGUGGGAGAGUAUGCAGAAGACAUUCAUCAGUACCUCCGAGAGGCUGAAGUCAGGUUCAGGCCCAAGCCCUACUACAUGAGGAAGCAGCCAGAUAUCACAACAAGAAUGCGUGCCAUCUUGGUAGACUGGCUGGUGGAAGUAGGGGAAGAAUAUAAACUUCGGACAGAGACUUUGUACUUGGCAGUGAACUUCCUGGACAGGUUUCUUUCCUGCAUGUCCGUUCUCAGGGGGAAGCUGCAGCUUGUAGGAACAGCAGCAAUUCUUCUGGCUGCGAAAUAUGAAGAGAUCUACCCGCCAGAAGUGGAUGAAUUUGUGUAUAUAACAGAUGAUACCUACACAAAGAGGCAGCUGCUAAGAAUGGAACACCUGCUUCUCAAAGUGUUGGCUUUUGACCUAACAGCCCCAACCAUCAACCAGUUCCUCCUUCAGUAUAUUCAGAGGCAUGGAGUCUGUAUGAGGACAGAGAACUUUGCAAGGUAUCUUGCAGAGCUCAGUCUCCUUGAAGCUGAUCCUUUUCUGAAGUACCUUCCUUCACAAACUGCUGCAGCAGCCUACUGUCUAGCAAACUAUACAGUGAACAAGUCUUUCUGGCCAGAAGCACUUGCUGCAUUCACUGGAUAUUCAUUGAGUGAGAUAGUGCCUUGCCUGACUGAUCUGCACAAAGCAUGCCUUGAUGCUCCACAUGGCCAACUGCAAGCAAUUAGGGAGAAGUACAAGCGCACAAAGUACCUGCAGGUGUCUCUUCUGGAGCCCCCAGCAGUUCUUCCUCUACAAUAGAGGCUGUGGAUCCUGGACUUGAAGUUUUUUGUCCCAGUCAGCAAAGCUGGUCUAACAUUUCAUGGAGCGCUGCAGGUCAUGUGUCUAACCAUAGUGAUCAGA